AUGAACAAAUAUUCUAGAUUCCUUUCCUUUGCUGCCGUACUGGUAUGCUUGACUCCUCUAGGAGGGGUCUACACGCUCUUGCAAACCUUUCCAUGGAUGAAUGGGAACCCUAGUAUCCAAAAUCACCAUGCCAGUAUCCAUGCACAUUAUGGGGAAUCCAUGGACGGCAUUUUCGAACAUCGAACUUGUGCUGCCGUGCCCCAUCAUCUGAUGGGUUCUCAAAAGGAAGAAGAUUCACCAGAACAAGAAGAUCCCAUUCGAUGUGAUGCAGGGUCGUUUUUGGAUGCUCCGAUUGACACAUCCUAUCGUACCGGUAACAAUACAACUCGGUACCAACAACAUGGUGAUCGAUCAAUCCACCAUCAACGGGAACAACCACAGCAGUUGGAUCCACUUAUGUUUCAUGUUCGUAAUAAUGAGUUCUACAACCACUUCAACAAACGCGACAAUCACGUCCUCCUUCUCUCAUGGACGCUUUCUCUAUUGCUGGGACUCCUGGUUCCCGUAUUCGCACUUCUCUACGAUGCGUACCUGAGGAUCACUUCCAAAUCAAGGCAUCAGAAACAACUAAAGGCCAUCCAAAAGGCACUCAAGCCCUACAAGCGCAAGGUUCUCACCAAAUCACAAGCCAAGGAAACUUGUCCUAUUUGUCUAUCCAACUUCGCCAUGGGAGAGUCCAUCUUGACCUGUGGCAGCAGCAAACAAUCAGCUGCUACUACUAGUGGUAGCACUACAACACGAGGAGGAUGCUCCCAUUGCUUUCACCAGCCUUGCAUGGUACAAUGGUUGCUCCAACAAACCAAGAAUCAACCCAAUCGCUUGGUGGAAACGAUUUUGUCUAAUGAACCUGCAAUGUCCACCUUGCGACUUCGUCGCAAGUCGAAAUUUGAAGCACCGUGCCCUUGCUGCCGUCAGCCCUUUGUCACAGUUCCACUAGUCCGGUAA